CUUGGAGUCAAGAAACACAGGGUUCAACUACUUCAAGAAAGUGGGAGAAAGCAGGAUACAACGGAUCUCGAGGCUUUGAAGAGAAGAAAUAACACAAACAACAAAAUGUGCACCUACCACUACCUCCACCACCACCACAUCCCUCCUUGCCCAAAAGACCUCUACUUCGUAAUCCACUACCUCUUCUGCUCCGACGCCACCAUCGACUUCACCACCGGCAACCGCCAACCCUGCAACAACGCGAUCUACGACGACUCCCACCUUGCGUCCACAGCCAUGUCCAACAGCAUCUCAACCCUCUCCACUUCCCCAACCUCCUCUCAAUCUUCGGCAUCAACCACAUCCUACUACUCCGACGACGGCACUCCCUUUUCCGUUGACUACACUUCCUUGUAUUCCUCCACCGCCUCCAUAUCCCCCACCCAGCAACAACAACACACACAACCGCAGACCAUGGACUUCAACAACCCCUGCGCAUCCUCCACCUGCCUGACCAGCCUCGAGUGUGUGGAGGCAAAGGGAAUGAGUAUGCGUGGUGUAAAGCACGGCCGGGGCUGGUAAGAGGGGCGGAUCCGGAUAUGGUUUGUUAUCAUGUUGUUUGUGUUGGGUGUGGAGCGACGGGGAUUUCAGAGAAGGGGAAGGGGAAGGGGAGGCGAUAGAUUGAGGAGAUGGGAGAAGAGACGGUGUGAAGUGCACUGCACAUAUAGUUGGCACGUAGGGUGAAGGGAACAAUACACGUGAGGAAAAGUGACACUUGGUAGGUCUGUGUUGUAG